CGUGGAGUGUGUAGUCAUUCUAUGUUAUGUGCUUAACCCUUAUGCUAUUAUCUUCGCAAUGGCUGUCACGUUGGCCCCGGGCGAAGUUACUGUGCACCUGCAUUUUGGCAAGGGCUUAAAAGAUUGCGACUGGUUUGGGCAACAAGACCCGUACGUAAUACUAAGAUGCGGGCAGGCCCAAUACCGGUCCAAUACUCACAUCAGUGGAGGCACGAAUCCUGUUUGGAAUCAAGUGUAUGUCUUUCAGGUUGACCAAGAGGUUGAGGUGAAUAUCGAGGUGUGGGAUGAGGACAACAUCAAGCCAGAUGACAUGAUUGGGAAAGGAACGGUUGACAUCGUCCAUGUACGACAACUCCCAAACAGGACACAGAACGUGGAGGUUCCCCUCUUCCGCCCCCUGACCCGGCGCCAGCGAGGUUUCCUGCACCUCACACUCUCCUUCCUGCCGCGCGCCGCCCCAAGAGCGUCCCAAUCCUCCUCCCACUUGCUCGCCUUCCCCACCACCAGCACCACCAGCCCCACCAGCAGCAGCGGGGCCCUCCGAACCUCCGUCUCAGCGGCGGGCGCCCUCACAGCGCCAGCUGCCCAGUCACCUCGCCACAGCCUGACGGCCACCCGGGUCAGUGGUGGUGGCAGCGGCCACUGCGCCUCCAUGCAGCAGGGGCAAGGGCAGCACUCCGGCCUCCCCGCGGGUCUGGUGGCAGCAGGCAGCCUGCCUGACACCGUGCCCAGGUACGAGCCCACCUGCGGGCUCAUCCAGCCCCAGCCGCACCAGCUGCUGUCCUGCCACCAGCCCAGCUGGCACACCAGCGAGGCAGCAGCAGCCACCCCCGCCACCAGCUUCCACACACCCACCAGCAGCUUCGCAACCAGCAACAGCAGCAGCAGCCUGACGGGCAUGCAGUCGCCAGCAGCAGCACCCGCCCCCGCCGCCUUUUACUCCCCUCCCUGCGCCUCCUCCCAGCACCCGCCUGCCGCCUCCUUCAGCGCAUACCACGCCGUGCAGUCCCUGGGGGAGUUACCCUCCACUGCGGGGUGGCCGUACGGCACCGGAUGUACGGCAGCGCAAGCGGCUCCUCCCGUGUACGGCGGACAGCCCCCGGUGUACGGCGCCGUACCGCAGGCUGGGUAUCAUGCCGGGUAUGCGGGGUAUCCCCCCGCUGUAGCCCCCCCUGGGGUGCCAUCAUACCCGUCGUACACACCUGCACCAGGUGUUGGCUACCCGGGCGGGUAUGCGCAUGCGGCUCCGCAGUCCUACCCGUACGCGGCCGGGUACCCGCCGUCGUUUGCAUGAUUGGGGCUGGAGUGCCCCAUGUGUCGAUGAGGAGGGAAAUCCAUCCGUUGUGGAGUGCAUCUUGCGGCUCCUUUUUUAUCUCUGCCUGAACCUUUUUGCUUACCAUCGUUGCGUAUUCUUACAACUUACACGCACACGCGCCCCUGGUGCCCGGGCCUGAGGGGUCUGGGAGGGAGGGGUGCGUUGCGUCGCAUGAACCGGCUUGCUUCUCGUAUCUCGCGUUACAUCCUCUACGUAUUGCCGGCAGGCAGUGCUUUCUAGCUAGUUAUUGCUUGUUUACCUUCAUUGAACUGUGUGUAUUAUGACAGAGUCAGCAGGCAGGCAGGAUUGUUGCAUGUGGCAUCAUUGCAGCAGUCCUCCAGUUCACGGCAUUGCGAGAGUGCAGCCGCAUACACACAUGGGUUUAGCAGCCGCAGGUGUAGUGCGUGGGCCGUACUGUCCUCCCUAUUAUUCUGCUAUUUAUAAUGCCAUACGAUUGAAUAAGUCUGAGGUCAGCGUAAGUGAGGUCUGAUGUGUUCUGUGCACGAGGGCAAGGAGGCGCUCCAGGCGACUCUGCAGCGACGGUAGCGGGGUUGCGGGGCAGCAUGGUUGCGGGGUUGCGGGGCGACUGUCUGUCGACGCUAUUGAUCAGGACGCUGGAGUAGUGUCCCGUGCCGCAUUUAGACGUCACCCGCAUGACUUCGUGGGGGGUGUUUGGAGGCGUUGUGGUGUGUUGCAAGCACCGCAUUGCUGCGCGGGUGUUGCUGCGUAGGGUCGCUGGAGGGGCCGUGGGGGCCCCGCAGGCAGCGUGUGGCUGCAUGGUUGUUACUAGUAUUAUUGUGUACCCUGACGGGGCCACACCUGAUGGGAGUGGCGGUGCGGAGGGGGGCCGUGAGGGGCCCUCCGGCAGGGCGCUUGCAACAUUGCUUGCUUGUACAGGUGAUAGUAAAUGCCUUAACCAGAUGUAAGAAGGUGUGUCCCUUGUGUCUUGUUGGGCGCUUGAUCCUAGCUUGCUUCCACCAACG